AAAUUUGUACUGCAUAACACCCGCUUGACGGGCGUUUUUCCUCGUGUAGUUUAACGUUUUCUUGUUCAUCUACAAUGCAACAAAGGAAACCCCUCGCAGAAGUCAACUAUAAUGACCGAAGUUACAACGACUUUCAGGAACGGACGGAUUCUUCCCCAGAGAAACCUUUUUCUCGAUCUGUUAUUUCCCGCAUCAACAAGAUACUCAAUCCAACACUAAUUGAUACUCAUGACAUGGAUCUGGAGAUUCUGAGACUAGAUCCUACUCAUCCCCUGCAUUCCGCUAAAACCUUUCAAGAAAUGCCACUGUAUACGUUCCUGUAACCUUAAAGUUACUUUGUUUCAGACCUCUUCCCCUCCUGAAGGGCAUUUAUUCCAUGGGCUUUUAUCGCCCCUCAAUGAUUCAAGAACGAACUUUACCCAGUCUACUGUCCAAAACCCCUCCGAGCAUGAUCGCCCAGUCUCAGUCUGGAACUGGGAAAACCGCAACUUUUUUGAUGGCUAUGUUGUGCAAGGUCGAUGCGGAUCAUCCAUUUUGUCAAUGCUUGUGCAUGGUUCCCACCCGCGAGCUGGCAACUCAGCUUGUCAGUGUCGGCCGCCAAAUGGCAAAGUACAUGGAUGGUAUUACCUUCGGUACUGCCAUUCGUGAUCCACAAGCCACGGUCGAUUCGGACGGAUUUGUUACUAAUCAAGUCGUGAUCGGAACCCCGGGUACUGUCGCCAGCUGGAUGCGGUGUUUAGGGCCCUACCGACUCGAUGCCUCCUGCCUGAAGAUGUUUGUCUUAGACGAAGCGGAUGUUAUGAUUGAGGAAGAAGGUUUCUGCAAUAUUUCUAUGCGUGUUAAGAAACGCCUUCCGCCUACAUGCCAAGUGUUACUGUUUUCAGCAACAUUUGAGGAUGAUGUGGUGGAGUUUGCUAGAGAAUUUGUACCAGAUGGAAUUGAAAUUCGGGUCAAACGUAACCAAUUGCCUCUGAAAAAUAUUCGACAAUUUUUCCUAAAAUUCGACGAUUGGCAGACGAAAUACCAAGCUUUAGCGGAUAUUUAUGGCGGUUUCGAUGUCGGCCAAGCCAUCAUCUUUUGCGCGACUCGUAUAGAGGCCGCGUGGUUGGAAGGCCGUCUGACACAAGAUGGUCAUAAGGUUUCCCUCUUGUCUGGUGAAUUGGAGGUAAAUGAUCGUGAAACUGUCAUCCAGCAAUUUCGGGAGGCUCGUUGCCGCGUAUUGAUCACAACGAACCUGUGCGCCAGAGGAUUGGAUAUUCCCCAAGUUAAUUUAAUUGUGAAUUGGAACAUGCCCGUCACUCGUGACGGGUCAGCUGACUGUGAUACUUACUUACAUCGUAUUGGUCGUUCCGGUCGCUUCGGUAAAGAUGGUGUUGCGGUAAAUUUCAUCCUUGAAGAAGAAGUUCACCUCCUACGGGAAUUGGAAAACCAUUUUGAUAUUUCCAUCCCCCCUUUGACCACAGAGGACCUGCUUGGUAUAUAACUACUCAGUUAUCAUCGUUUCAAGAAGACACUACUUGGUUUCAUAUCACUACUUCUCGUCCCACAGAUCUUUUUUCUUGCAUUUUUUCUCCUGUUCACAGUACCUAGUUGCUUAUUCUACGAAUUCUUCAAUUACACAACUAAAUGCGCACUAAAC